AUUAUGACUGGAUUAAAUUUGAUACAGGAAUAUUUAUCAGAUACUGAUGAAGAGAUUGAAAAUUCAAAUAAUGAAAAUAAAAAAUUGUUUAAAGACAAAAACAUAAAUAUAAAGUUACCAUUACCAGAAUCUAUACUAUCAUGGAAAGGAGUUACAUAUAAUGAGGAAGUAAUAGAUGACCCUUUAAAACAUGAUGGACGAAUAAGAUCUUUCAAGCACGAGCGUGGAAAUUGGGCGACUCUAGUAUAUAUAGAUUACCUACCAAGCGAUAAUAUACUGUUUUGGAUGAAAAAUGUAAUAAUACAUUUUGUUGGCACGAGUAAUCUAUUUGAAGAAUUUCAUAUGAGUCUUACGCGCACAUUGAUAUUAAAAUUUCAUUGGAUUGAUUCUUUUGUUGAGGCUGUGAAAAAUAUUGCUACCAAUUAUCAAAAUUUUAGUAUUGAACUACAAAGUAUCAAGAUAUAUUGUAACGAGGAUGCAACUAGAACUUUUGUAGGAAUCACUGUUCAAAGUACAAAUAAUAUCUUGCAAAAUAUAAUACGUACACUCGAUAAACUUAUGACAGACUAUCAGCUACCCAUAUAUUACAAGGAUGCUUCGUAUCACAUAAGCUUUCUCUGGUGCCUUGGAGAUCAAAGAAAAAAAUUAGAAGCUCUACUUCCCUCUUUAAUAGCGAAUUUCAAUGAUUUUUUUGUUGAUCAUCCAGAUCAGCGCUAUGUACAGAUAGAUAAAUUGAAGUGCAAGAUUGGUAAUAAAUUGUACAAUUUUAACUUACAAUGAGCCCCAAUGAAAUUAACCGAAAUAUAAAAUAAAUUAAAAUAAUUUAUACAAUCAACUGCAUUUUUUAAAAUCAUUUAUAUACAACGAUAUUACUUGUUUUACUUAAACUUUAAACUUCGUCGCUAACUUCUUUUAUAGUUCUUUAUAUAUCCACUGAUAUGAAGAUAGUAAAAAUUUGAAUGUACGACUGAAGUAGCAACAAAUGGAAGCUUUGUCCUUAAAAUAUUGAUAUCUUAUUAAAAUACUUGAACAAUUUUAAAUAAUUUAAUAUUUAUAAAGUUCAUGGGCGCUAAUUAAAUACACCAUAAAAACACCAAUAUUAUAAAAUAGAAUUAAUUUAUCUUCUAUAUAUAAAUGGAGAAUCACAUUGAU